CGCGUCUGGCGCCCGAGCGAGGAGCCGCUGGGCUGGGCAAGCGGGGCGGCGGCGGCGGCGCUACUGCAGCGGCUGCCUGGGCUGGGCUGGGCUGGGCUGGGACGCCGCCUUUGCAGGGCGCCCCUGGAGGAGUGGCAGCCGGGCCGGAGCCCCGGGACUGGAAGCCACCAACGGGGAGGGGCUGUUGCAAAGCAGCGGGCGGGGGUGGGGGAUCUGCAGAGAGCCCCCCGAAGAGGCUCCCCGUUCCCUGGCGCCGCUCCGGAGCAGCAGACCCGCGCCUACCUCGGAAUGGCCUGCCCCGGGUGCCUCGGGAGGUAACCUUGACUGGCAGGAGGAUCACGGCAGAGUCUCCUAGUAACCUCCCCGCCUCCCUCCCCCUCUCCGCCAAGGCUUGGAUGACAACUGGGGACGGCCAGCGCAAGGUCGAUUGAUGAACGGGCCCCUGCAGUCUAUAAAUAGGUGACAGACGACGAGUCAGGAUGGGGCAGAAGGUUACCGGAGGGAUCAAGACCGUGGAUAUCAGGGACCCGGCUUACAGGCCGCUGAAGCACGAGCUCCAAGGGCUGGACUACUGUAAGCCCACCCGGCUGGACCUCCUCUUGGACAUGCCCCCCGUCUCCCGUGAGGUCCAGCUGCUGCAUUCGUGGAACAACGACGACCGCUCCCUCAACGUCUUCGUGAAGGAGGACGACAAGCUUAUAUUUCACCGGCAUCCGGUGGCCCAGAGCACGGACGCAAUCCGGGGCAAAGUGGGGUACACGCGGGGGCUCCACGUCUGGCAGAUAACGUGGGCCAUGCGGCAGCGGGGCACGCAUGCCGUGGUGGGCGUGGCGACGGCAGAGGCCCCUCUCCAUUCUGUCGGGUACACGACUCUGGUGGGGAACAAUCACGAGUCGUGGGGAUGGGACCUCGGGCGGAACCGGCUGUACCAUGACGGGAAGAAUCAGCCGAGCAAGACGUACCCUGCCUUUUUAGAGCCAGAUGAAACCUUCAUUGUGCCGGACUCUUUCUUGGUGGUGCUGGACAUGGACGAUGGGACGUUAAGCUUCAUCGUGGACGGACAGUACAUGGGGGUUGCUUUUCGGAGACUCAAAGGGAAAAAGCUGUACCCGGUUGUAAGCGCCGUGUGGGGCCACUGUGAAAUUAAGAUGCGAUACUUGAAUGGGCUUGACCCUGAGCCGUUGCCUCUGAUGGACCUCUGCCGGCGUUCCGUGCGCUUCGCGCUGGGCAAGGAUCGGUUGAACGAGAUACACGAGCUGCCCCUUCCCGAAUCCCUGAAGAGUUACCUUCUCUACCAAUGACCCCACCGAGAGAGGACUUGCUUGCCCGAGAGAUCCAGUUGAGUCGAUCGGCCGGGUCCUCUCUGGACAAGCGGGCCCACCUCCCCGCACUUCCAUCUCCUGGUGCGCGCCUUUGGCAGACGGCUGGCUCGAAGCCUGUUCCCCCUCACUAUGCGAAACUAAAUCAGCUGUUUUGAGAGAGCUCCUUAUGCAAGUCUCGACCGGGGCAGGGGAGAAGACCGCAGCCCACCCGCAUUCCAACAACUGACAAACCAGCAGAACCUCGCGAUGCCAUCUCUCGCCCAUUCUCGGCCGCCGUCUGAGUGGCACUCUUGUUCGGUUCCCCUCUCUCAACACUGGCUGGAGAGGGGACAGGAUUUGGGGGAAGACGGCCGCUAAGAUUCCAGGUGCUAAGCCUCGGCUGCAGUGGAAGUUGGCGUAUCACAACCGGAAGGAUUGCUGAAACAGCCAGUUUUACCUCCAGUGGGCAAAACUACGAAGUUUUGCCUCCAGUGGGCAAAGCUACGAAGUUUUGCCUCCAGGGGUCAAAACUAUGACAGAGGAAAUCCUCCAUGUGGAUACGUAUUUGUUCAGACAAAGGGACUGUGGAAAGGGGUCCUCCCCGUUGCAAGUGUGGUCCUUUCCCUGUGCCGGGCCCUCUUCCCAUUGGGGCUUGUUGUCGCCAUACCAGUUUGGUACCGACUGAAGGCCCAAAACCUAAAUGCUGCCAUUUUGACUGUUCUGUCUGGAUAUUCACUUGAACCUGUAAUUCUGAGGGUUGGCGUGAGAACAUCUUUGGACAGUGCCCAGAUCCACCUUGCUGAUGGGGCCCUGGGUUGGGAUUUGCUCUUCUAGACUGGCUUCAGUUCAUUGGCGUGAGCCAUACCAUCUCUAAGGCUGGCACUGGGUUUCCCCCUGCCCCUUACCCCUUGUCAGCUGUAACCGGGCGACACAUUGGUUUUGAAACCCACGUGCUUCCUUUCUCUGUGAGUUCUGUAACGUCCCAGAUGCAUUCUUUGAGUCGCCGUUCUGCAUUUCAAUCUUUCCAUCUCCUCUGCAGUUUGUGGCAAAACAGGACUUCAGCUCUUCCUUGGAUUUCAAAUUGGGUUCAGAGGGAGAGGAGAAACUGAUCCCCUGUAGUUCUCUUCUGUUUCCAUCUCAGAGGGCAGAAGACCAGGUCGCCUGCAGAUCGGUCCCGCGUCCUGGUGGUUAUCACGACUUGUCAGAUAGCAGGACAGAUUUCCAGCUGGCUCUCAAGAGACGUCUUGAGCUGCUGCUGCAAGCUGUGACCCUCCAAGAAAGGGCUUCCCCCCCACCCCCACCCUUUAUGUUUAGUCAUGCUGCAAAUGGGUCUGAAAUGCAGGUCGGCAGGGAAGGACGGGAUUCUCAGUCGGUGGCUGAAAUAACAGCUGUUCUAGUUUCUUGACCUGGAUAGCCUAGCAAGGUGGGCGGGGAGAUACCUGUAGGAACACUGCUUGGUGCAGAGUAGGGGCUGUGAGUGAUCCUGGCGCGCACCGGUUGGUCUAGAAGAGCAAGUGGUCUUUCUCAAGCCAUUGUCGGGGCUGUCCCGAUUCAGCAAACUUCUAAGCUGCCUUAGAGGGGUAAAUCUUUGCACACGUUUUUUUUUCUUCUUCUCCGGGGGAAGGAAAACACACACACUUGAUUGAGUGUCUUUCACACCAGAUUUGUGUUAGGGUGGAGGGGGAGGAUGUCUUCUCUUUUUAUUCUGUGCAGGUACAAAUGGACUUGUUUGUUAGAAAAUGUUUAAUAUAUAUUUUUGCCUCGGUUUGUAAAAAGGACUGUUUGGGGUUUCUUUUUUGUUUGU